AUGAGCGGUGCGAAGCGAUUUAAGUAUGCAAAUAAAGAAGAAGGAGAAGAAGGAAAAGAAGAAGGAAGGGAAGAAGACGAAGAAGAAGACGAAGACGAAGACGAAGAAGAAGAAGAUGAAGAAGAAGAAGAAGACGAAGACGAAGACGAAUGCUCUACGAAUGACAAUUAA